UCUCCGUUGGAGCGUGGUCUUGGGAGUUCCGCCUGAGCGCCUCUAGUUGAGAGGAGCUUAAUUGCGUUGCAUCGGCGGUCUUUGCGUACUUUCACUCAAAACAUCAUGGCUGCGGAGACGCAGAAAUCCCUGGUCGAGACGGCUUCCGCUUCGGUUCCGUUCUCAUAUGCCCAAGCUGCGCGUGGGAAGGCAGCAUCACUAGCCGCAGCGGCUCAAACCGCAAAGGCAUCAUCAACAUCGACCCCGGCUCUCAAACCGCGAAGCCAAACCCCAAGCGAGCGUGACGAUGCCUUGGACGUGAACACCGAGUCAUCGGAAGCAGGGAAGGACAGCACCGCGCCGUCCUCGCUGGCUGAUCACACCCCUACUCUGGACAAAGGCGAGGAUGCUUCGAGCCCGGCCACGAACGGUGCCCACGAUUCAGAAUCGCCAUCUAUCAAAGGGGACAAUGCGGAUAGCGGCUCCUUCGAAGACGCGAAGAUCCACGACACGAGAGAUGAGAAUUCUGCGAGCAUCAACGAGGACGACGACCGUCAUGCAGAAACAACGCAGGAGGCCAGAAAGCGUGACUCGAAGGAGUCAUUAAGCCCGUCGUUGAUCGCUUUGCAGGAUGCACCCAUCCCCAGCGUCAACAUCUGGCAGCAACGGGCACACGCACGAGCUUUGACACAGCCUGCAAAGGAAUCAUCGCCGUCGAAAGCGACUCCGGAAUCAACUAUGGAUCAUCAAAAGCCGGACACUUCCCGAAAGUCCAGACAGCAGGCCGGUCCGCUGGAGGACUCCGAACCCACUUUCAGAGGCCCGAAAGGCGGCUACCAAGGCCGACGUGACGAUAACAGGGCACGACGAGAUAUGCGUUCCGACAACGAAGGAGGCCGGACGAAGGGCCAAUUUGCGACGUCGAGGCUGAAUGAGCGGGACGGUGUGUCGUCAAGUGCACCAGUACCCCCCGUCCAAGAUCAGAUCUCGUGGCCCACUCCGGAAACCGCACGCGAUGAUGAUAAGAAGAAGCGCUCGACCGUCACAUCGGAGAAGGAUGAGAAGCCUUUGAAGUCCGGAAAGAAUGAAUGGAACAAGCUCGAUUUUAUCCCGACCGUAGUGUUCAAUACUCCGCUACCUAGUAGUGGAUCGCGGCGUGGUGGUCGUGGGGGUGCGCGAGGUGGAAGAGAUGCAUCCCACCGUGGCGGCGCAUAUGCAUCCAACGGCCCUCUGAGCGCCGACAAAGCGAGUGCUCCGAAUGGCGCCCCCAACGGCGAAGGCUUCCGGCGCGGACGGCCCGGCCGAAGCUUUUCCCCCGGAAAGGAGCGGAGGGCGAGUAGCGAGGGAGCCGCACCGAAGGACGGGCGCUCCGACGGCUACAAAGGCCCAUCAAGGGACAUUCGUGGCCCGGGUGUAUCGAAACACGCUGCCGAGAAGGACGCGGGUUUGGCGUCGGCCGACGCGCAGGACUCAGGCAAUCCGUCCGCACGGCACCAGCCGGCCGCGCGCCCUCGACAAAGCCGGAGAACCGACGGUGCUGGUGCGGGAGAUUCAUGGCAAGAUGAGGCGUCAUCAAGCCGAGAGCUACCUUCGCGCCCUGGUCAGGACCGCCCAUCGGCUGGAUCCACUACAGAAAAAGCAGUGCCCAAGCCGGAUGACGCAUCCGAACCCUCGUUCCAGCCACGGGGGUUCGGUAGGGGCCGUGGUGAGCCCUACCAUUCACACUCCUUGAGAGAAGGCCGUUCUCGCGGCGGCCGUGGAGGUCGCCAUGGAUCGGUUCCUUUCCUUCCGAAUCAACUGCACCAGGCCAACCAAUAUGCAAAUGGCAUCCUUCCUUCGAUUCAGACCUCGACCCCGUUCACCAUGCCUCGAUCACCCACGUACACCCCGGAUCAUACCCCUUAUUACGCGCAGCAACUUCCCCGUGGCUAUCGCGGCGCAAACGGCCGCGCGCAAUCGGUCUAUGUUCCAGAUACUCACCAGCGAGCAUCGAUUUCCCAACCGAUGUCUGCCGUUUCUCCCCUCCAAUACGGAAGCUAUGAGUACCCGCAUAUGCAACCCAUGAGCGCGGUUCCCUACGGGGCGUCUCCCUACUUCGAGCAGAUGGCCGUGUUUACCUCGGUCUCUUUACAGUUGGAAUAUUACUUCUCGGUGGAUAACCUCUGCAAGGACAUGUUUCUGCGCAAGCACAUGGAUUCGCGGGGAUACGUCCCUCUCACUGUCAUUGCAGACUUCAACCGACUGAAGAGCCUGACGAGUGACAUGGAGCUGAUCAAACUCGCGUGCUUCCAGUCAAGGACCAUCGAGUAUCGACUCGCGGCUGAAGGGAAGGACAUUUUGAGGCCGAGGCAUGGAUGGGAGCAAUGGGUUCUCGCCAUGGACGAGCGGGAUCCAGCCGCCAAGAAUGAUGGGCCGGACGACUCGGCCGUCCACGUUCCCCCACCUCCUCAACCUCAAGGGAUCGAGUCUCAAUAUAACAUGCGAUACACUCCGCAUGUUAUGUCCAUGCCGGCCGCGAUGCCAUCGCAGCAAUCUCCUUUUGUUCCGACCAUGAACCCGAACGGGUAUAUGCCGGCCAGUCCACGGAUGGCCUCAAACUUCGCACAAGACGAGCAGUCUCCCGUUGUUAGCCCACCGGCACAGAUCAACCAUGUGAACGGCACUAUAUCUCCGAGCACGAGCGCUCCCAACGACGCUGGGGAUGCCGGCCGGACCGCUCCGGAAUCCGACUCUUUCGCCAACGAGGAAAUUGAGCGGCUCAGCGUCAUUGUACGCCAAGGUGAGCCGGCGAAGGACAGUGACGCGUCUGCUUCCGCCAAGCUACCGAAUGGGUCCCUCGAAACCUCCGCCAAUGACACGACUGCCAAAUCUCCCUCCCCCGCCCGUACCCCUUCCCAAGGGUUCGAUUCAAAACCAACGGGACUGGCAAGUUUGAAAUCCGAAAUCGAUGGCCGGGCUUCAACAGGUGGGGCAACGUCACCGCCAUCGAACAUCUUUUGGGUCCGUGACCGCGACAGUCCCGUCAACGCGAUGCCCGAUGACGCGACGCAUGAACGAUACAACGAUCUGCGCGCCAAAGCCUUGGACCAGCGCAACGCGUCGCCGAGCGGAUGUCCGCAUGACAUGGACGUCCUUUACCAGUUUUGGUCACACUUUUUGAUCCGCAACUUCAACACCUCCAUGUACGAAGAGUUCCGUCGGCUGGCAUUCGAAGAUCAUAGCCAGCGCGCAUGCAAGGUCGGGAUGGGCAAUCUGAUCAACUUCUACGCCGAGGCGGUCGCCAACGCCUCGCCGAUCCGCGAGCGGGUCGCGCACGACUUCGUCGAUCUAGCCAAGAACGAAUCGGCCGACGAAGGCCAUCCCGCGUUCAAGCGGCUCCGUUCGGCGUGGAGGAACGGCGCGGUGAACCUCGUCAACCGCAAGCAGAUCAACCGCUUCGUCGACGAGGAGCUGCGAACGCUGCUCGACCAGUGAUGUGGGCGGCGCUCUCACCCCACGCAUUCCCCUUGCUCGUCACGUCGCGGGAUGGAUCGCGGAGAUCCUGCUCGUUCCGUUUAAUGUCUUGGUGCCUCCGCUAGCGACUUUUGCGCUCGUGUAUG